CAAUCUCCUUUGUGUACACCAGGAAUUUACAAAAGGGAAAAAAAGCAGACACCCUCCUCUUAAGAGGAACAAAGCAUUCAAACUCAAGCUAUUUGCUAGAGGACUACGGACAAUCCUUUCACUUCACUUCUAAGCUACUUAACUUGACCUUAGCACGAUGGAUGAGCUGGAUGAGACUCAGCUGAAGAAUCAUGUGGACAGUCUGAAGCAGCAGCUAGAGUUUAACAGAGAAAAAACAUCUGUCGCUCUUCCAGAGUUAACUAAAUGGAUUGAAGAGAAGAUGAAUGAGGAUCCAUUUCUGAAUCCAGACAUGCUUAAGGACAACCCGUGGGUGGAAUCAAGCAAAUGUGUUAUAAUAUAACACAAGAGCUGUCACUCAUCACUAUGGCAACAAGAAUGACCC